GAGAGGACCUCACAUCAUCAAUUCACAUAGCGACGAACAGUUCUCGGGCGAUCACCACCGUUUCUUCAGACGUUGAUCGCACGUGUGGCGGCUCCAUCGCCUGUAAAUCCUUUAUACUGUUCAUCCAACACUCUGAGGAACACAGAAAAUCGGAGAAGGAAUUGGAUCGCUUUGGAAAUGCGGGCCAUAUCCUUAGGACUCACAGUCUCUUCGACUUCUUCUUCUUCUUCUUCUUACACUUCCCUAACUCCCUCUACUUUCAGGAACUUCAAUUCGAACAAAUCUGCUUUCGCUCAUGGCGUCUCCCUUCUUUCGCCCCCCAAAUCAUGCCCAGGUGCAAGAGUCUGUAAAGCCAGUCAAGUUUUUGAUUUAUUUCCAACAGUAACUCCUGAGAUAACAGUUAGAGAGGCAAGAAUAGAGGACUGUUGGGAAGUUGCAGAGACUCAUUGCAGCUCCUUCUUCCCAGAAUACUCAUUCCCAUUGGAUUUUGUGUUGAGGGUUGAUAGGCUUGUGGCUAUGUUAUAUAGAUUGUCUGUGCCAAAUGGUUGCAGGAGGGUUUGUUUGGUUGCUGUCAUUGGUGGCUCACAAGAUGAUGCAUUCCUUAUUGGACCUGAUGAUUUCAAGAUUGGAGGAUUUGAUGGAAAAGUUAGCCUCAACAAGGGCUAUGUUGCUGGAAUAUUGACCCUCGAUACCGUUGCCGAUUUUCUACCGAGAAAAGGACCGAUGCGACAAAGAAGAACGGGGAUUGCAUACAUAUCAAAUGUUGCAGUUCGUGAGCGGUUUCGACGCAAGGGAAUAGCGAAAAAGCUAAUACUCAAAGCAGAAGCCGAAGCCAGAAACUGGGGGUGCCGAGCAAUUGCGUUGCAUUGUGAUACGAGCAAUCCCGGGGCUACGAAGCUGUAUAGAGGUCAGGGUUUCAAAACCAUCAAGGUACCGGAAGGAGCGAACUGGCCUCGGCCAAAGACCUCUCCAGACAUCAAGUACAGUUUCAUGAUGAAGCUUCUGAAGAACCCAGCCUCAAUUUAGUACUCCACAGGACAUUUCAAGCAUUAUUUGAAGAUGAAAAGGUAGGAGCUUUUAGAACAGCUUGUAUAUGAUGAUAGAAGGAGAACAGAUUUGGGUUACCUUCACAUCCUCUAUUGUAUUAUAUAAUGGUGCCCAUUGUUCCCUUGUAACAUGAUGAUGAAUGUUUGUUUAUAUCAUUAAUAUCAUUACGUGGAAUUUAUCCAUGGUCUUCCUGC